CAAGCAUGAUCGAUCGUGUACACCGCGCACCGGGCACGUGUCAAGAUCAAGGCGAAAUCAUAAACCGCAAUAUGCGUUCGUUUGUUGACAUGGUCGAAACGCGAAAAGAGAGAGCUGAAAUUAUCAGAAACUAUUUUGGGAGCCAUGGCAGACUCGCUCGUCUUGGACGAUGGGCGACCGCUCUCAAGCCUCAAAGUCAAUGACCUGAAAGUCGAAUUAUCAGCUCGGCGUCUGCCACAGAAAGGAGUCAAAGCUGUUCUCAGUGAUCGCCUCUAUGAUGCUAUCAUCAAAGAACGCGAAGGGCUGCCUAAAGAUGGAAGUGCUCAGCCAGUGGCUGUUGCAGAAGGCCAAGAGCAGCCAGAAAGGCAAGCGGAAGAAGCUACCGAUGAGCCUAUGACUGUUGAGGAAGAACCUCCAAAGGCAGCAGAGGAUACUGCGACACCUGUAAGUAUGCCAGUUGAGGAAGAACCUUCAAAGAAACCAGAGGAUACUGUGAAACCUGCAAGUAUGCCAGUUGAGGAAGAACCUUCAAAGGUAGCAGAGGAUACUGUGAAACCUGUAAGUAUGCCAGUUGAGGAAGAACCUUCAAAGGCAGCAGAGGAUACUGUGAAACCUGCAAGUAUGCCAGUUGAGGAAGAACCUUCAAAGGUAGCAGAGGAUACUGUGAAACCUGUAAGUAUGGCAGUCGAGGAAGAACCUUCAAAGGCAGCAGAGGAUACUUUGAGACCUGUAAGUAUACCAGUUGAGGAAGAACCUUCAAAGGUAGCAGAGGAUACUGUGAAACCUAUGACAGUCGAGGAAGAACCUUCAAAGGUAGCAGAGGAUACUUUGAGACCUGUAAAUGGCUCUCCUCCGCAAGAUUCCCAGGAUGAGAAAAAGAAGAAGAAAAAGAAGCGCCGGAGAAAGCACCCUAACUUUGCUAACCAGCAGAACUCUAAAUCAGUAGAUACAAACAGCAUCGACGAGGAUGUUGAAAUCGAGUAUGUUGCUGAAAUGCCAGAGCUGACACCGGGUGACAGGAACUACCAAGAGUUCUCCAGAAUAUUUGAUGCUUUCAAGCUGGUUGAAGAAGUAAAGGCAGAGGAGGCAGCAGAAGAGGAGCCGAAAGCAAGCUCUAAAUCUGGUGCUGCCAUUCCACCGCCAGAGGAAAUGGAAGAGGAAGAUGAGGAUGAGCCCCGUGAUGAAGAUGAUGAUGGUAAGCCUCGCCUAUCCAAGAAACAGUUGCGCAAGCAGUCUCGACUCUCAGUAGCCCAGCUCAAGCAGCUUGUAGAACGGCCCGAUGUGGUGGAAAUGCAUGAUGUCACUUCAAGGGAACCUCAGCUGCUUGUUCACCUCAAAGGUUAUCGAAACACUGUUCCUGUGCCGAGGCAUUGGUGCUUCAAGAGAAAGUAUCUCCAGGGCAAACGUGGUAUUGAGAAACCUCCGUUCGACCUGCCGGAUUUCAUUAAGAACACUGGUAUCAUGGAAAUGAGAGCUGCCGUUCAGGAAAAGGAUGAUCAAAAAAGUUUGAAGGCGAAAACAAGACAGCGAGUUCGACCAAAGCUGGGAAAGAUUGACAUUGAUUACCAGAAGCUGCACGAUGCCUUCUUCAGGUGGCAGAAAAAGCCGAGACUCACUUUGCACGGGGACCUGUACUAUGAGGGCAAGGAAUUCGAGACCAAGAUGAAGGAUCUUAAGCCUGGUGAUAUCUCCGACGACUUGAGGACAGCUCUUGGAAUGCCAGUUGGUGCUGGUAAACAAAUGGUGCCACCGCCUUGGUUGAUUGCCAUGCAGCGCUAUGGCCCGCCGCCUACCUACCCAAACUUGAAGAUAGCCGGCCUAAAUGCUCCUAUUCCUGAGAGCUGUUCGUUUGGCUAUCAUGCUGGUGGUUGGGGCAAACCUCCAGUAGAUGAGGGUGGCAAGCCUCUGUAUGGUGACGUGUUUGGAACAGCAGCAUCAGCAAUAUUGCAAUACGGUGGUGAUGAGAACAUAGACAUGAGUACGUGGGGAGAGCUGGAGUCCGAAUCAGAGGAAGAAUCGUCAUCAGAGGAGGAGUCCAGUGAUGAAGAUGACGAGGAGGGACCGGACGACACGGGACUUGUCACACCCCUGGAAGGCCUUGCUACUCCAAGUGGUCUUACAUCAAUCCCUGCUGGCUUGGAGACUCCGGAGCUGAUCGAACUGCGUAAGCAGACCGCUGUGGAGCCGACAGAGGAGGUUCUAGAAGGCGAGGACACUCCAUCACUUUACGAGGUCUUGCCCGAGAAGGGUGCCAAUGUUGGAGGCGCUAUGAUGGGUUCGCAGCACGUGUAUGACAUUGGGCCCAACACUGUUGAUGACACGCAGAAAAGGCCACAGCAAGUGAAACGCAAGAAGCCAGUCGACUCAUCCAAAGGAGCCAAGAAGUACAAGGAAUUCAAAUUCUGAGAUUAUUGUUCUUGCCAUCGCGUUUCGACAAUGUUUUUUUUUUAAUUUCAUAGUUUCCUUUUCAGCAUAGUUCUUUAUCUUGCCGUUGCAAGUUCUUCAUUUAGCUCAUACCCAAUGCCCUGUGGAGACAUACAAACCUGCAAUGUAUGUGAAAUGCAGCUCAUAAAACUACCAUGCAUGGCUAUCAAAAGUACGUUUCUACCGUCAUAAAUUUACCAUGCCACUGAGUAAAGCAUAUUACCCCCCCCCCCCCUUCACUCACAGGCGUAUUCUCCAAGUAUGAAACACAUUGUCCCAGUAUGGGACUCAACACUGCUGGACCUGCUGAGCCGCUUCCACACAGCCACCAUACUGCUUAUUGAUUAUGUCUUUGAAGUUUGAACCUAUGUCCCGGUUGUGAGUGAGUGGUCUGGUUUUGUAACAACUUGAAAUUUAAUGAACUGCUCUCAGUUCUCUGUCUUCUUUCUGUCGGCGGCUGCUGCACAAAAAUAUUAUCAGUUGGCUAUAGCCGGCUUGGAACUUGCCCGAAGUCAUCGCUUCGGUGUCAACAUCUC